AUGAAUGACGGUACACUCGUCAUUCGUGGAGAGAAGGUUCCGUCGCGAAAUCUAAGCGGUGUUGGUUUUGUUGUGCACCCAUUUGUCGUCCAUCUCGUCGAUUCUCACAAGAUCCUAUCACCUCGUCUGGCCAUUCUUCGCCUCCGCCCUCUGCGCCAAAAAUCCGUCAGUGUCAUCAACUGCUACUCGCCAACAUCAGCAGCUGAUGAAUCCGAAUUGGACGCGUUUUACGAGGAGCGGGAGGAAGUGAUCCGCAACGAGAAGUCUUUCUACAAAUUCAUAUCGGAGACUUCAACGCAAAACUAG